AUGGAAGAUUGUGUUUUCAAACCAAAGGUCAUACUUCUUGGCGACGGUGGAGUCGGAAAAACUAAAUUUAUAUCAAGAAUAAAUGUAGAUGGCAUGGUAGUGAAGAAAUAUAGACGACUUGGCAUUACAGAAUAUACAUUUCCAGUAUAUACAUCAAUUGGCAUGAUAGAAUAUAAUAUAUGGGACACAUUUGGACAAGAGAGAUUUGGUCUUCUCAGAGAUGCAUAUUAUCUUGAUGCUUCUGCUGUUAUUUUGUUCAUUGAUUUAACAAAUCGUGAUUCAUAUGUUCAUUUAGCUCGCUGGAUUCGCUUCGUUAAACAAUUAUGUCCAGAUGCAUGCGUUGUCGUCGCAGCAACGAAGAUUGACGCUCCCAAUCGAAUUCUUCCAGUUGAAAAAAUUUUAUUCCAUCAGAAACACGACUACCCAUAUAUUGAAAUAUCAUCAUCGACUAACUACAAUAUCGCCGCACUAUUUGAAGUCCUUACAAGAAAGUUAAUGGGCGAUAUGAAUAUUAUUAUUUCCAAGCCGAUCAAGCUUUGUCCACCCGAAAGCGAUAUAGAUCAAGAGGCAAUGGAGUCUUGCGAAAGAGCUCUCUCCUUGGCCCGAAAAAACAGUGUCGUAGUACCUAAUAACGUUCAACAGACUCAUAGAACCCUCGGUCCGCAUUUUAUGAACGACACAUUGGAAUUUGAAGAGGAUUUAAUCCGCGAUUUGAACUAA